GAAACUCCCAAUCUCCUGAAAGCCUGCACGAAAUGCCACACGACCAAGUACUGCAGUCGAGACUGCACGAAAGCGGACUUUAAGCAGCACAAGAAGGUGUGUGCGAAAUUGGCCCAGGCGUAUGCGGAGAGUGGGGCGUAUAAGGCUCCUGUGAGGAGUCGGGCGCCGCCGAAGGAGGGGUUUCGGGGUGGGCUGCAGAAGUGGCAGUUUGAUACGUAG